AUGGAGGAAAUUGUGAAUGUGAGAAGGCAUUUUUACCCUCAAAGUUCACCUGCUGGUCAAGGGGCUGGAGCACAGACAGUGGACUUGAGUAAGGCAUUUCCAAUGUGUCCUUAUGUUAUAAACUUCUGCAAUCUAACCCAGGUCACUCUGCUGGGCAAGUGGCCUGUUUGGCAGUGGUCAGAGAUAAUAUUGGAGACUGGCAAUAUGUAUGACAUGUGUGUACAGUGUGUCAUAGAGGAGUCUUGGGGAUCUGGAGCACAGACAGUGGACUUGAGUAAGGCAUUUCCAAUGUGUCCUUAUGUUAUAAACUUCUGCAAUCUAACGCAGAGGAAUAGCCGUACAAAGUUCAUCCGGAGUAUCAGGCGGGUGCAGCAGGCAUCCUAUCCUGUAGGGAAACCUCAAGUGCCUCCAAAGCAGUCACGUCAAAUUCAAGGAGCAAGUUGUAGUACCAGCAAUGCUGCAAGUAACAACUGUGGCAGAGUUAAACCUGGAACAAGUACUGGAGCUGAUAGGCUAAGAAUGAGAGGGAAUCGUGGAGAUGAUGACUUUGCUACAGCAGAUGCUAAACCACGUAAUUUUUUGAACAAGAUGUUUGGCCGCGGAAAUAGUGGAAACAGUGGACCAAAUGGCACUACAAAAGGUGGCUCAUUAAGUCCAAAUAAUGACCAUAGUAAUGGUCGAAUUGGAAUGAAUGCAUGGAAUGGCAGUAAUAGUGCCAGUCCUCCAAAGCCCAUGCCUCGCACCACGCUAUCAUCACCUGUGGCUAGUAACCCUCCUGUGCCCAAACCCCGAACUAGUGUCCCUUAUUCUAAGCCAGUGCCACAUCAGCAUUAUCACCAGCAACAUGAAAAGCAGCACCUUCAGCACCAACAGCAUCAUGAACACCAUCACCAGCAACACCAGCAUCACCCUCAUCAUCACCUCCAUCAUCAGAAUCAACUCCAGAAACAACUCCUUCAGCAACACCAUCACCAACCCAUGCAACAGCGUCAUUGUCAACAGUAUCCAGAUGACAGAGAAGAUUGGGUUGAUGUGUCCAGGAUAUUGAGAAAUGAUUCUGGUGUUGGAAGAUUUGGCUCUAGCCACACCUUAGACUCUGACUGUAGCUCAAUGCAGAGUGGGAGACGUCCGAGUUUAGACACCAUAUCUACGUAUUUGUCUCAAGAUUCAUGUAAUGUGGAGGAUGAUGCCAGUCAUAUGACAAGGUUCCAUAAUCAGGAUGAAAGCAAAUUUGUACAGGACCUUAUACAAGUUGAUGGAGCUGAAGAGAACAUGGAUGAUGAUGUUUUUGAUGAAGAUAAGGAAGUGUGUGAGGUAAUGAAGGGUGGAGCUGGACAAAUAUCGCCUGCACUGUUGCAUUCAUCCUCACCCAUACAUUCCCAUCAUGUGCAUCAUCAACGCCAGAUGUCACACAGCCAGGUUCCAUCCCAGCAACAUUGCCAAUUCAUGCCCAUUGCAGCAGCUAAGAAUGGUUCUGAUUUGAACCUGCAACAAAAUGGUGUCAAGCGGAAGCGAACUGGAGAACGAGCCACUCCGGGUCACCCUCGGAUGGAUGAUGUUGAUGACAUAGAAAAUUGCCAGGACAUUCCCAUCUAUGCCAAUCACACCCAACGUCGACAUAGCCAUCAGAAAGCUCAGUAUGGGUCCAGAGCUCCAAUUGCUGCAGAGGAUCGGUUAUUGGUUCAGUAUACGCAGGCAGUAAACAUGCCUCCUGAUGAGACGUGCUCCAUCUGCAUGUGGAGCUUGCAAGAGUCCUCAGGUUAUUCUGAUGAUGAAAAUGAAGGUGCUGGUAAUGCAAUGCACUUAGGUGCAAUGAGAUACAGAGUUGCAAGUCUGAAUUUAUGUGGCCACUUGUUCCACCAAGCUUGUAUCAGAGAGAUGGCAAAAUCGUCGCCUCAUUUCCUGGAGUGUCCGAACUGUAAGACUCUGCAUGGAGAGAAGCUGGGAAAUCAGCCUGACGGUAAAAUGUCUGUUACAACUUUGCAGCGAUCUCUCCCCGGACACUCUGAUUGCAGUACAAUACAGAUUACUUACAGCAUCCAAAGUGGGAUACAAGGACCAGAGCAUCCUCAUCCGGGGCUACCUUAUACAGCAAUAGGCUUCCCUCGGGUAGCUUACCUCCCAAAUAAUGCAAAAGGAAAAAAGGUAUUAAGUCUCUUGAGAGAAGCUUGGCAGCGACGACUAAUCUUCACAGUAGGAACAUCGGUAACCACAGGCAUAACAGAUGCUGUCACCUGGAAUGAGAUUCACCACAAAACUGAGUGGAAUAACACGUCAGGGCAUGGGUAUCCGGACCCUAACUACCUGGACAACAUUCUCCUAGAACUGGCUGCACAUGGUGUUACUGAGACGACACUUGUUUGAAGGAGAGAGCUUGCAAGAGAAAGAACCACAUGCAAAGUUAACUAUAUCCUGAAAUGUACAGAGAAACACAGACACAAUGCAUGAGAUUGUAUAACUGCGUUUAGAAGAUAGUUGAUUUUAAGCUCCAAUUUUGAAGUAUAUGAAUAUAGAUUUUGCAUAUUUAACAAUAUAUUUUGGAUUAGUAAAGCAUGCAUCUAAAGUUUGGGUGAUAAUAUCUUGUUUAUUUAAAAAUCUUCUUUGGUCAUUAAAUCAAUGAAACUGUAAAUAUGAUUUUUUCCUGGCUUCAGUCUGUGAAGCAACUUUUUCAGUUCUAUCAAAAUCAUAUUUUCCAAAUUAGUUUUGUUAAGUACAAUAAAUGGUGCUGAUAGCAGUAUGUAUUAAGUGGUAAGAAUUUUUUCUGAAGUUGUAUGGUGAUAUCCUGAAAAUCUGUAUAAAUUUAGUGGCUAUUAUUCUAGGUGUCAGAUGAAAAUGACAAAAAACUAUCACACAGCUUGAAGCAGAGGUCUUCAUUUUAUGAAGAUGUAAGUAUGGAGAUAUGUAAUGAAUACUUGUUACGAGACACUUCCUAUGCAAACCAAAUACUUUGGGUAGAUUUUACAUAAUUGAUGUAAAAUCCCUGAACCCUAUGGUGUAUAGAAUUGAUUUAGAAGAUUUAUAACUUUUCAGCAUGAAUUACAUAAAUGCAUCCUUUUUAGAGAAAAAAAAUCAUCUUUCUGCCUUGACAGAAAACAAUUUGUUUUUCAUCAAAUAAAUGCCAUAUUUCUAUAUUACAGUAAUUUACAUAAAACAUUUUUGUGAUGACUCAUUUUGAUGGAAAAUAGGGACCCUUCUAGGAAAUACUUCUCUGGUUCUCUGUAGCAGCUAAAGGGCUAAUGCACCUCAUCAAAGCAUUCACCUAAUGCACCAAAAGUGUGGUUAGAAAGGGGCAAACAUAUAUGUUGAAUUAGUGCCUUGAGUGCAAAGAGUGUAUCUUAAAGAUUCACAUAUUUAUUUUUGAAUAAAAUUCUACUCUCAUUUGUUGUUCAAGAUAUUAGGUAAUGUUUUUGUUUUCAUCCUUUGUUCUAAACUGUUUAUAAAAGCAAAGUAAAAGGUAAUAGAUGUGUUAAAACUAAAUGCGAUUGCAAUUUAUAAAACACUUUGUUAGAUAUGAGAAAUUGCUUUAUACUGGAAUUAAAGGAAAUGUUGGGAUUAGGGUAAGAAAUGUUGAAUGAUACUGAAUGACAUAAUUUUAUAUAGGAGAAUUAUAAUGCCAAAUACUGGUUUGUUUCAGUAAUAAAUUUUAUACAUUUAUAUUGUUCUUUAAUAUUAAGUUCUGUUAUGGAGUAUAAUGCAAUGCAUGAUUAUUAUUGCUUAUAUGAAUGUGCAUAUAUAAUUGCUUUUAUUUUAAAGUGCACCAGUUUCUAUUGAGACAUAGAUGUGGUCCGUUUUAACUAGAGUGAAGUAUAAUAAUUUCAGGAUUUUUUCCAUGUUGAAACAGUUUUGAUGAAGCAUAUAUGGUCAUGUACAGUUAUGUAACUUGUUUGUAUCAAACAUUUUAUACAAUAUUUGAAUUGAAAGAAUUUCGUUGAUUUUGAAAACACAUUUCUUUAUGAAUCAGAAAGCAAUUGAUUCUUUCAUUGUAAGGGAUUAGUGAUGUUGCAGUGGAAGUUAAAUUCCCAGUUCAAUAUUGCAGUGUUUAGUUUUUUAUUAGAAUUACAUAUUUUCUACUGUUAAUUGGAUUAUCUACUUUUUACUUGAAUUACUGUGACUUUCUUUCUUGUUUUUUUUUUAAGUAUGAAAAUAUAUAUUUGUGAAGAUUC